AUGAUCUUUCAAGAUUACUACAAGAUAUUGGAAGUUGAUUAUGAUGCUACUGAAGAAGCAAUUCGCUCCAACUUCAUCCGUAUGGCAUUGUCUGUGCCUGCUCAUAAGCCAUCUAAACUAACCCCAAAUUUCACUGUCCUUGUUUCUAAGAUAUGGACAGUUUUAAGUGAUCCUGUCAAAAGGCGAGAGUAUGAUGAAAAGGGAGUUCUUAUAAUCCAAGACUUCAAUGCCAUCGAAUACCUGAAGAGACACAAGGGCUUGAUAUUAACAUGCAAUGGCCCGGGCAUUAGAUCUCCAUUACGGUGA